AUGGGGCCCCAGAGAGAAGCCCAGCGCUUGGCUUGCUGCUGCCUUCUCUUGAUAUUGGGGGGAUUAGCUCCCCUCACCUCUGCUCAGUGGCUUCCUGACUUCUUUGGGGACUACACAGAGGAGCCCACAACCUUUGAGACACCCACAUCUCCCCAAGGUGGGAAAUAUGAAGUGCAGACAACAGAGAAGAUAAUCUUGACCAGGCCGCCUCUUUGGAAUACCCCAGACCCUCUCAGAAAAGAGACAACUACAUCUCCUGCAACCCCAGAGGCCCCAACAGCAGAAACAAAGAAAGCGUCUCCUGACAUCACAUUUCCCGUCUCCGCUGCAUUUGAAGGCAGCUCUGAAGAGGAAGAGAAUGAAUUCCUGAAGUUCCAGAGAAAAGAAGAGCCAGCUAAAUCGUUGUUUCCUGCAGCAACCACAGAAGGGUCUCAACAGAGAAGUGAAGAGAUCUCCAAUCUCUUGACGCCUUCAGAUGUCCGAAACACAGCCCAGGGGGAUUUACAGAUGAAAAACCUAUCCCAGUGCAUCUGUCCGGCAGUGCACGGUCCUGCGGGUCCAAAGGGAGACAAGGGUGACCAGGGUCCUCCAGGGCAGCGAGGUCUGCCUGGGGAAAGAGGUCAAGAGGGCAAUGCAGGCCAUCCAGGGCCUCCAGGACCGCCAGGGCCUCAGGGACAACCAGGGCCCCUGCAGCAACCAGGUCUGCCCCUUCCAGGAAGCCCAGACUGUACUGGUAUCAUGGAUGGAAACGAUGGUUCUGAAAAGGGAGAUGCCAUCCUCCGAGGCCCUCUUGGACCGCAGGGUCCACCUGGCCCUGCAGGCACUCCUGGACUUCCAGGAUACCCAGGGCAUGAAGGCCCCGAAGGACCUCCUGGCCCCGCAGGCCAUGACGGAUUGCAAGGUGUUCCAGGAUUGCCCGGUGCACCAGGCCAGCCUGGCCCACCAGGAUCAACUGGGCCACCAGGUCUUCCAGGGCAACAAGGGGCAGAGGGACCCAUUGGCCCUGAAGGACAAUCUGGGCUUCCAGGCCAUGCAGGACAGCCAGGACCCCAAGGAUAUCCUGGGAAGGCAGGGACUCCGGGAGAUGGAGGGUUUCCGGGAAAAGAUGGGUCCAAGGGCCAGAAAGGGGAGAGGGGCCUGAUGGGAGAAAAGGGGUUCAGGGGUUUGCCUGGUCCACCGGGGCCCCCAGGCACAUCUGAUGAGAAUAAGUGUAAUACCGACUCGAGACUAAUUGGUUCUCCAGGUCCUAAGGGUGAAAAGGGAGACCCUGGAGAUUCGAAUGAUAAAGGAAGUCCAGAGCUCUACGGUGCAAUUGUCACCCACGGUCCCCCCGGCCCUCCUGGAAAUCCUGGGCUGCCAGGUCCCCCGGGCCCUCCCGGACCACCAGGUGUUUUUUAUUUCAACAGAGCUUAUCCCAUCCAAGCCAGGCCAUACUGCAAGUGCCCACUGACCGUGAGUCCAUCUGGGUAUACAGAUGCUGACUUGCCUCCGAAGGACUCUCCUGAGGGAAACCAGAAUGGAUUAAAGAGCUCCAACUUUGUCUUCAAAUCUAAAGAGCUAAUGUUCAAAUCCACCUCUGCCAUUCCUGAAGGCAGCUUGGUCUAUGUUAAUGAAGGGAGUGACGCUUUCUUCCGUACCCCCAAAGGAUGGAGCAAGAUUCUGCUGGAGGAUUCUGACUCUCUGUUUGCCGCAGAUGACCCUUCAGUGUCUACAGAAGGAAAUGAGGAGCAUUUAAAGCAGAGACAGCAGGGCACCACAUCAGCAACAAUUUCUCAUGUGACACCUCUGAUAAAACCUGCAGCCAGGCCUGUCCAAAAGAAUGAAGCCCAAACUGCAACACCAACCAGCAUCUCCAAGAAGAUUCCUUCACUUCGCCUAGUGGCACUCAAUGUCCCUCUGACUGGCAACAUGAAUGGGAUCCGUGGUGCUGACUUUCAAUGCUAUCGGCAAGCACAAGAGACACAGCUAUAUGGUACAUUCCGGGCCCUCCUGGCCACACCUACUCAGGAUCUAGUUUCACUCGUGAAGAGGACGGAUCGGGAUAGGCCUGUUGUCAACCUGAAGGGUGAGCUGUUGGCAAAGAGUUGGAGUUCCCUCUUCAGUGACAGUGGGGCUUUGUACUUCAACACUCUGGGUGUUCCUAUCUACACCUUCAGUGGGCAUGAUGUCAUGAUGGAUCCUACAUGGCCCCAUAAGGCAGCUUGGCAUGGCACAAAGCAACGGGGAGUCCAGUCGCAAAACCCAAACUGUCAGAAUUGGCGGUCAGCGUCUAACCAGUCAGAAGGCUUUGCCUCAUCCCCAACAAGGGGCCACUUCCUCACAGCAGGUGCACACAGAUGCUCAGAUCCCCUGAUUGUCCUGUGUGUUGAGAAUGCCUCCCGGUAUCUGCAUAUGUGGUAAAUGUCGUAUCAGAUGAGCAAAGACCAUCAGAGGGAUCUGGUUGUCGCCAAGUCUCGACUGGGAUGAGCAAAAGAGGGCCCAGUCCCUCAGAUGAUGAAGUUAAAAGCAGACAGUUGCCUCUUCGCAUCACCUUUGGAAAAGAAGAACCUGAGAAGAACCUGGACUGCGUGUCCCCAGUCUGGUAGUUUUUUGCUCCUAAUGUUUUGCCUGCAUCAACGGCCGGCAUCUUCAGAGGCAAGUUACGGGAAGAUGCGUUUCUCUCCAGAGAAACAGCCUAUCUAGCAGAGGCAUCUCAUAUGUGUCCUUUACUACUUCAGCCACCUACAUAAGAUCUCCUGUGAGAAGUCAUGGAUGUUCCUUUGCCCUAGUCCAGUUACAUCUCCUUGGCUGCUUGUGGCAUAAUCUCUUUGAGAAAUGCCUUUAAAUGUUGGCAUUCAUAUUAUUCCUUUCAAGGGAAUGGUGAAUUCUCAUGCAGAGUAGUGCAGUCUCAAAAAUUUACGCCCUUCUAAAUCCAGUAACUUCAAUGAACUUAGAAAGGAGUAAUCUGUUUAUGAUUAUACUGCUUGCCACGUUUAUGUGCCACUAGGUCUGAACUGAGGCAAAAGCACUGCCAUAUGCCACUUACAGGCAAUGAAUCCAUGAGCACAGAGAAAUUAAUCCCAUUGUCUCAGCAGCCAGGCCACAUUCCCAUGACUUUCAUUAUAUUGAUCAAAUUUGUUUUGUAAAUUUUGUUUUUAACUGUAUGUUUUUACA